AACAGCUGUUUGGGAUCCGUUUUUUUCUGUUCACAUCGGUGGAAAAGUACCUCCGCUGCAAUUCGCUUCUGAUGCGACUUCUUUACGUUUUUCCGUCGGGCCUCGUCGUAUCCUAGCAACCGGCGUAAACACAAGUGAAGCGUAAAGAUGGCGGCGAGCAGAGAGGAGGAAGCAGCGGAUUAUCUGAAGAAACACCGGAUCAUGGAGCUGGUGGAGAACCUGAGCAGUUUGUUACUCUUCUACAGACCAGAAAACCCCAGAGAGUUUAUGGUCGAACAUCUGCAGCAGCUGAAAGACUGUCAGCAGAGUAGAGAGAGAGGACCCGGUCUGUUCAACACCUCCAACCUGGACACGGUGUUUGGAAUCCUGGACCCGGCUCAGAGGAACUACAUCAGCCUCCAACAGUACAAACAGGCUCUGACGGCUCUGGGAGUAGAAGACUUUAAUCAACACCCUGAAGGUGUGAAUGAAGACAGAAUUUCCCUUCAGACGUUCAGAACUGAAGUGAUGGAGGGUCUGAAGAAAAGCUCAGCGACCUACGAACAACUCUGACAUGUUUCUGAGAGAAUAAAAACCCCUCAGUACUCACACACAUCUGGAUGUUGUUUCUGAAGUUUGUCCUUGUUUGAAGGCGUUUUGUUAUAUUUACAUUAUCGAAUGUCAUUGUUGCUUUUAAAUAAAGUUCAGAGAUUUUGAUGAUCAGAUCAAUUUGUUGUUUUGCAUUUUAAAAUAAAAGAUAUAGAAUAGUUUUA